CUGAGGAAUUGCUCAUUUUUUGCGCAAGAUUUGGGCUGCCUCCAUUGUCAAAGUACGCGCGUGUGAAAAAACCUUAUUAAUAUAAGUGAUUAGUUUUUCCUUUUUAUGUCGUCAACAAGAUAGAAUCGACUUUUGGCCACUUUAUUCCUUCUGAUUCCCUAGGAUGGGACGCAAAUUUACUGAUAAUGUGUACGCUAGACUCCCUACGGAGAUCGGUGGACACGAUGAAUUUCUCGAUCGGAUAUCCAAGACACUGUACUACACAAAAUUACCAGCUACAGAUUGCCUGAGCUUGCCAGUCACAGAACUUGCUGCUGAAAUAUUCACUGAUGUGAAGCAUGGCCCAACGCUGGAUCAUCUUGAUGUCGAGGAGGCCGGCCGAAUCUCACGAAACGCCUGUGUCUCACCUUGCUCUCUUGUUAUGGCACUAAUUUACAUCGAAAGGCUUAAGGACUGCAAUCCAGAAUACCUGCAGAGAGUCGCUCCUUCUGAACUGUUUUUGGUAUCUUUGAUGGUUGCCAGCAAAUUCUUACACGAUGAAGGUGAGGAAGACGACGUCUAUAACGCAGAAUGGGCAAAAUCAGGGGAUUUGAGCAUUGCAAAGCUUAAUAAAUUGGAAAGGGAGUUCCUCAAAGCUAUAAAAUGGACAGUCUUUGUGGACCAUGAAGAUUUUUGGAAAAGACUACAAAGACUGGAAGAGGAUCUUGCUAUCAGGGAGGCUAGAAAGAGAGGCUGGUUCUCGUACACAGAACUAAAUACUUUGCUGGACAGUGCCAAUCUGUUGGCACUAGCACAAACAGUACUUGGUGUGUCUUCUAUGUGUAUUGCUACAUAUGCAGCAGGCCUAAUGACGUUGUUGGGAUCGGCAACAGUAGCAUCGAGUAUACCCAGAACAUUUAUGAGUUUGGGCCAACAGAGUUUGUCCUCUGGCAUAUCAGAUCAUCAAUGUACAGCUUUAACUCAGGAAAACUUACAAGUUGAAGAGGAAAUUGCAAAUAUUUUACUUGAAUCGAGCCUGGACAAGACUGAAGUAUGUAAUCAAACCAACACACAGGGUAAUGUUUUUGUAUGUAAUUGUAACGAUACAGUGAAGGAAAAUGGAUGGGGUUGGCUUAUUGAAGUAAUAACACCUUGGCUUAAUAACUUUAAUCAGGAAUUUAAAUGCAAAAGUGAUUGGGAAAAUAAUUUUCACCACGACGACGAUUAUAGUACUAAAAAAAGCUUUAUAAGUGAAUCAGAUCCAUAUUUUAGAUUUUCUAAAAUUGAUAAAAGGAAAAAAAAAGUAUUACUUCAUUCUAGUCUUAACUACUACAAACACGACAUGAAGUAUUACAUUGGAUAUUUUCCUAAGUAUUUAAAGUCAUUGACGGUCAUGUAAAUUUU